AGUGGCUCUCUUCUAAUUGAGCUAAAUCCUAUUUGUGCUAUGUCUCUCAUCUACGGAUGGACUCUGUAGCUGGAGCCAAAUGUAACAGACUGAAAUUUUAUUACUCAAGUAUAUUAAUUUUUUGCUUCCGUCUUCAGGAACCAUGGUUUGUGUGCUUGCGUUAAAUUAGAAUCGCGAAAUUAAUUUAUCUAUCACUAAGAUGAACAUACCAGGAUACUAUUAUGAUAAGGCUAAAAGCAGGUACUUCAAGAUAACAAAUGGUUCCAUAGAUCAUUCAUAUCAUAAUAACAAGGUCGAGCAAGAGAAGAGAGAUGAAGAAAAUGAACGAAAACAAGCAUCCCAGCAAAAUACCCUAACAAAAAGAUCAGGCAAUCAGGCUUCCAAAUAUAAGCGCCUUUAUUUGAGCUGCUCGUUGGAUAACAUCAAGUUAGGAUUGACGAGACCCAACCACACAUUGAUUGAGUUCGAGAGGUUCAAAAGCAUCAAGUUGUUAAACUGGGUUUAUUUCAGCGAGUUGGAAUGCCGUAUGUGGGAUCAACUUAAAGUACAAGGGGAGCAAUUUGUUGUCACUACGAAUCAGUCAAGAAACUUCAUGAUACUUAACACUUCUAAGGUAUUAAGAAAUUUGCAUAAUAAAGAAAUGAAAUCUGACGACGUGAUGCAUCGAUUCGAAGACAAUUUGGGCCUAAACUAUAAUUUAAAUGAGUUGAUCAAUAAAUUGAAUCUUCUCCCGUACGAAUAUUUGACCAUAAGUUGCCACAAGAAUCUUGUUUUCUAUAACUUCAUAAGUGAGAGUGACUUGGACAAUCCACAAAUAUAUCAAAAUUUCAUUCGAUUGAGUGUUAUCGACAAAAUUCAAAGGAAGUAUGUCAAGAUUGACAAGCUGAACGUGAUUUAUUCAUUUAUAAACAAUCUACCCGAUGGAGAAAUCAAAAAGGACUUAUUCCAUUUAUUUGGAAUGAACAUAAUAAGCAUACAUGAAAAUGACGAUAUGUUUGAUUACCGGUUACGGCAUUUGAAGAAUUUCAAACGUUUCUUUAUAACAUUUUCACAGUUCAUCGAUAAUUACUUGAUUUUGGGAACGAAUCUGGGGAUUGUUUAUUUGAUAAAAUUCCAGUAUAAUGAAGAUACAAAGGAACUACAAUUUUAUCAGGACAUCAUAAAGUUUAAAUUUGAAAGAUCAAUCAAGUUGGAAAAAAUCAACAAAAUCGAUAAAGUGAAUGAAUAUUUAUUCAUCAGUAGCUUCAAAAGGUUAAUCAUACUAAACCUACAAACAAAUCUGAGAUCAAUAUAUCUGAUCGGUGAGUUGAUCAAAAACUUUAAAGUUUUCAAGGUACUAAACGUUUUCAAAAUUGUUUUGAUAUCGUACAAGAGGAUCGAAAACGUAAACUUUUCAUUGGACACAGAAGGUUUUGAAGCCAUAAAUAGCUUUGAGUUGUUGAGCAGUAAUUUGAUUAAUCAAUUCUCUUUGGUUACCAUUAAGAAUAAUGUGAUUUUGAACCAGUCAAAUGAUAGUUUGUUUAUUGUUAACUUAAACAAUUUGAAUUUUGCUAGAGUUACAUUGGAAAAUAUGAACCAAAAAAUCAAUGGUCUAAUUAGAUUGGGUGAAAAUGUUCUAUUGAUAAACUUUAAGAACUCCGAUAAUUCCAAUUACUUUAAUUUUUACCAGGUUUAACGGCUUAGGCAAAUCUGCCUACAAAUGUUUACCCAAAGUGGCAGUUCGUAAAUUUGAGAUUCAUAUACAAAAAAAGAUGCAAAACUUGCUUCUUAUAAUUUAUACAUUUAAUUUAAGUAAUACAGGAAUCAAAAUCAUCUGAAUCACUUACCGACAAAACUCAAGUAACUCUGAUAGUUGAAGUUACCAAAUUUAUAGUCAAUAUCCAAUAAAAUUUUAAUGGCAUCUUGUGAUUUGUAGACGUAAUCAGUUGGGAUUUUGACUAAAACAUUAUUGUAGUCCUCAUUAUUCUCAUUAAUCAAGCCGUUUGAUUUCAUCAAGUUUCCUUGGUUUAUAUACAUAAUUCUUCCAGUUUGGUUGUUAUAGACUUGCUCAUUGGUAAGAUUAUAGAUGCCUGGGUAUCCUGUGAUAGUCUUGAAGUUAGAUGACUUCGUGUUCGGGGGGUUCAAAGGGAACAUUCUUUGUAAAAGCUCAUAGGAGGCCAAAGUGAAACCAAAUUGCGGAGAUGAUCUAAAAACUCUGGCCAAUGAACCUUUGAAAAAUGCAGAUAAUCCCUCUUCUUUCAAAAUAACUCUGAAAGCAUGGGUAAUUCCACUAUAUUUAACCUCAUUAGACUUUCUUUCCAUUUGCAAUCUUGUUUUAAUGACAUCGGCAGGAGUAGUGAAAAAUGCAGCAGGAGCACCGGCCAUAGCACCACUGAUUAACAACUCAAAAGUAUUCAAAUUUUGUUUCUUGUUGACAUCUUCAGGGUCAAAGUUGAAGAUAUGCUUUUUAAUAUUCGCAUAAGUUGGGAAAUAAAUAGCUGAGAAAGGAACAUCCCUUAAAAGACAGGCAGAGGCACCUUUGUAUAACCCCUUCACCCCUAAUUGUUUUAUGAUUUGACCAGCAGUUAACUGUUUGUGAGGGAUUUCACCAGGCUUUAACACCUUAUUUCUUUGGCCACCCUGCAUUUGCAAUCUAAUCUUAACGAUCUCUAAUGGAUUGGUGAAAAUAACUUGACAAGCACCAGCAGAAGAACCAGCCAAGACUUCCCAUGGCAUGGUAAUUUUGCCCUUUUCAUCAGUACCAAUACCUCUAAUUAAAUCAUUGACGGUCAACUUAAUAGCUUUUUCUGGAGCGACACCAACCAAUUGGGCAGCUAAACCAGAAUAUAACCCUUUGAAUCCUUCAUUCUUAAUGAUUUUCUUAAAACAAUCAAUAGAAUUAUCGUAUAACGCUUUAUGCUUUUGGGCUUGCAUUCUUGUCUUUACCAAGUCAAUAGGAUAAACGACAGUGGCACCAAUACAUCCAGCAAUUGAGCCUAAAAAGAAGGAAUACAAUGAAUCAAAGAUUGGCAAUAAUGAAAAGUUGUCUUUUUGUACAGGAAUCGAAGCAGGGUGCUCAAAAAUCGAGUACAAUGUUUUUAUGUUGUUGGCGUAGUUGGGGUUCAAGAAGUUGAUCAAGUCCUUUCUGGUAACAGUUUCUUCAUGUUGGUUGAUCAAGUAAAAUAACAAGUCCAACUCAUUCAUCGCCACGGGUUUGAAGUUUGAAGACUUUAACAAGGGAUCUUUCAAAUGAGUGUACAAAUCCCUUUUGUUGAUCAAGAUAUCGUUCUUUUCAUUAGAGCUGUUGGCGGGAGUGUUCGCAAUGACUUCAUUAAUCAAAUCAAUUUUACUCAAACAAUUGUAAAUGAACAUAACGUCUGCGAAGGUAAAAGUAUCCUUCUUAAAAAACUCGGGUAAAUUUCCCAAAUUAUUCUUCAAAUUAGAAGAUAAUUUGUGAUUCAAGUUCUGCGUCAACAACAGAAUCAAAUCGUUAGUGGUGAUAGUUCCAUUUUUCACCAUCAACUCAAAAGACCCUAUCAACUUAGUGAAGGGUAAAUUAUUGAUUAAAGUAAUGAACUCAGGAUAGGCGAUUUUCCCAGAGGGUUCAAAGAACUUGCUGAAAUAGGCCCAGUUGAUUUUGAACUUUUUCUGCUGGUAGGCAGGAUCAAUGGCUU